GAUUCCCAGCCGAACUGCCAAGCAGUGCGAGUACCGGUACAAGAACCACCUCGCGCCCAAGAGCGGGUCCGGCCGCAUGGCGGAUCAACACGCAGGUCUGGGACUCAUGGCCGAAGCCACAAUGAGCCAGCAAAAGCUUCGAUCGCUAAACCCAGCGCUGCAAUCGUCGAACGGGUCACAGAGCUUUCUCGUGCCGGCACCCAUGCCGCCGUACAUCGACGUGACCACGAAGGAGUCGUUGAUGUCGGCGAUCCAGACGUUGCAGCCGCUCUUGACAAAGCAAGCCGUGUCGGCGUACCCGAGUCACAUCCUCGACCUCGCCGUGCAGUGCAUUGCGGCUUUGCCCGCCGAGACUAGCGCAGUUGUUGCCGAAGUCCAAAAGCUGCGCUACGUCCUCGCAAACCAAGUGCAAAUCAACAUGGCGCCGUCGAUGAUGCCGAUGUACGCACCGGUGCCGUCGUAUGCGUCGGCCCCCAUCACGUCCAAGCCGCCGCCGCACAGUCAAAACUGGGUCACGUAUCCGACCCGACCAUCUGAAAUGCCCAUGGCCGGGUACGCCACGAUGGGCCACACGGGUCACCCCACAGCGACCAACGCCGGGUUUGGGACCGACAAUAUGCCUCGUCCAAGCGUGCCUUAUGGGAUGGCCCGCACCACCAACCCCUCAUCGACCGAAGGGAUGACUGCGAUGACCCAAACGUCCACAAUGGCGUCUCCAUCAGAGCUGCCCCUGCGAGACGCAGCGCGGUCCCAUGUAGGUAUGGAUCAGGUCGUGUCGUUCACAUCAAGCACCCAAGCGUCUGGCCCGGAGGCGACGCUUCCGCUCCACACGACAUUGACGACAUCGACGACGGCACUGUCCGACCUUCCGCGUUCGAUGGCGAGCACGAGCAAGGACUGGGACCAGCCUGCGUCGUUUGGAUCGAGCGCCUCCGGCAUCCAGUCGAUGGCAGCCAUCACACCCGCCUCCACGGCCACGUAGGCACGCACGAGCGCGACUCCCCUUGUUCAGUUGGCUUGGCGCCAGCUGACCGCAGCAGCGACGGCCUCCGAAGCGCCGCCUCGCAUCGGACUCUUCCUGAGCUUCCAUUUUGUACCAACUAAAUUCUAAACACGACGUGUUGAGUAUGUGCUACAAAAAAAA